AUGCAUGGUCCGUGUGGUAAAUUCAAUGCAGAAUGUCCAUAUAUGGUUAUGCGUGAAGGAAAAAAAUUCUGUAAGCAUAAGUAUCCGAGAUCAUUUACCACCUUCACAAAACACGGCAAGGAUAGCUAUCCAACAUAUAGGAGACGAGCUACCGGUGAGUCUGUACGUAUUUGUGGCAUUGCGCUAGAUAAUCGCUGGGUUAUUCCAUAUAACCCUUAUCUUGUUGCGACAUUCGAUUGCCAUAUAAAUGUGGAAGUUUGCUCAACUAUUAAAGCUGUGAAAUACCUUUACAAAUAUGUAUACAAAGGCUAUGAAAAGAUAUCCGUUAGUAUUAGUCAUGAAGAUGAAACGCAUUCUGUUGAUGAGGUUGAACGGUUUCUAUCUGGAAGAUGGGUUUCUCCACCUGAAGAUGCUUGGAGGAUUUUUGCGUUUGAUCUUUAUGACAUGCAGCCUUUAGUCAUGCCAUUACAAGUUCAUCUACCCAACAAGCAAAGUGUUUGUUUCAAUGCUUCGGAAAAUCUCGCACAUGUUGUACAUAGUGAAUCUAAAGCCAAGACUGUUUUGACAGAGUUUUUCUCAUAUAAUGCAUCACAUCCUUUAGAGCCAAAAAAGCGUAGCAAGGUAAUUGGUAGACUUGCUUUUGUCGCACCUUCAGAAGGCGAACGCUACUAUCUACGCUUAUUGUUAACAUGCGUUGUUGGGCUAUGUUCUUUUGAUGAUCUUCUUACGGUCAACAAUAAGUUGUGUUCAACAUUUCAUGAAGCCACAUUAAAACGAGGAUUGGUUGAACCAGAUGACUUAAUCGAACAAUGCUUGGAUGAAGCCAUUGAAGACUAUGCAUGCAAGCAUCCUAAUGAACCUCAAAAGGUCUUAGCACUAACGGCUCGAGCCUUUGAGGCUUUCUUAGAGAACGUGGGUAAGAGUCUUACUCAUUAUGGGUUGCAGCAUCUUUACAAAGAUAUAGAUGUGCCAUUUCACCAAACACGGGAUAUUGCUAAUGCUUUAGAUGCCCCUAUUCCAUCAUCUUGUUUGGAAGCCAGGUCAUUGUUAACCUGUGAGCAGCGUGCAGCAUACAAGUGCAUUAUCGCACAUGUAAAACAAGGAAAACCUGGGUCAUUUUUCAUUGAUGGGCCAAGUGCAACUGGGAAAACAUUUUUGUAUAAUGCCUUAUAUGCAAAAGUACGCUUGCUUAACAAGAUAGUCCUUCCCACUACGACUUCGGGUAUUGCAGCUUUAAACAUGUCCACUGGUCGCACUGCACACUCGAGAUUUAAGAUUCCAAAUGAUUGUGGAGAUUGCUUAUCAUGCAAUGUUGGCAGACAAUCAAGUCUUGCUGCACUUAUUAAAGAAGCUUCGUUUAUCAUGUGCGAUUAA